AUGAAACUAAUACCAGGCCAUCUCCCGCCCAUACCUACAAGCACAAGCAUGGAACGUCUCCCGCUGCCCCUGCCAUUCAACGCCGACCUGCUCUGGAGGUACCCCCUAGGCUUCUCCUCCAUGGCCCACCAAAACCCGCCUUCGUCCCCUUUGUUAGACUACAAGAGCCAGCUACCGAACUCCCUGCCUUCGGACCCAAGAGUUUGGAACAGAGACGACGUCAUGAUGUUCCUCCAAUGGUCGGAACGAGAGUACGACCUGCAGCCCAUAGACCAAGACAUGUUCCAGAUGAACGGCAAAGCCAUGUGCCUUUUGACCAGGAACGAUUUGUCGGAGAGAGCCCCCGGCUCCGGAGACGUCCUGUACAACGUCCUGCAGAUCUUGGUGCGAGAGGCCAACACCCUACAACGAAUGCUGCCCAGCAGUCCCGUUACCCCCACUUCGAGACACCCUUAUCCUCUCUCGCCCCAUUCUCACCCUCCAACCCCCAACUGGAACAUGCUGACGCAGAAGAACGAGUCUUUGCAUACGUCACACGCCGCCAGUCUGGCGGCUCACCUGAUGGCCCAGAGCAACUCGGUUACUUUGAGCCCAGCGCCCUCUGUCGACAGUCAGGCCAGCAGUCCGCAACGCUUGGACAACCCGAGUUUCGGUCAUUCUAUCUUCAGUAUGAGCGGUAGUAACGGAAGCGGGUCGAAUCCAUCGGAUUCGGACGAGGAUGCGGACAAGAAGGGGUACAGUGGUAGCCCUCCCAAUACGCCUAAUACGCCUAGUGCUUAUGCGUUGAUGCCUCAGAUGCCAUAUCUACCUCCGAGGAGUCCCAAGGAGCCUGUGUCCAGUCCUGCUGCUUUCAGAAACACUGGGAGGGAGUUUUUUCCAAGCGAUUCCUCGGAACCAAAUACAAAUGGCAGGCUUUUAUGGGAUUUUCUACAACAGCUACUGAAUGACCCAGCUCAAAGGUAUACCAGUUAUAUUGCCUGGAAAAACCGUGAUACGGGGGUCUUCAAGAUUGUGGAUCCAUCAGGGCUUGCCAAAUUAUGGGGAAUCCAGAAAAACCAUUUGUCUAUGAACUACGACAAGAUGUCUAGAGCUUUAAGAUACUAUUACAGAGUUAACAUAUUAAGAAAAGUGCAAGGAGAAAGACACUGUUACCAGUAA